GAGCCUGUUGUAUCCUGUUUGGUAAAGGGUGAGAUUGAGUAGUGUAAGAGCUGGUACUGUGCGCUCGAUUUGAACGGAGCUGGGCACCAAUGCUGCCAAGCAUGGGUUAUUACAGUACCCUUCAAGGUGGAGACCAGCUUGAAGUUCAAUGAUGGCCCAAUGGGGUGAAAUUUUUACGACUGUCCAGUAUUAUCUGCUGGGACUGGGCUUCAUCUUCCCGAACAAAAGGGAUGAGCUUGCAUUCCUGCAGUAUGUUGGAAAGAGAAACGUGCCCAGGGCAUCUUUUCUGCACUCGGCCUCUUGCAUUGCAUGGCUUUUGUACCUUGUAAUAAUGCUGAUCUUUGCCAGCACAGAUCAGAACGAGAGGUGGAGAUAUACGAUGGCCGGUGAUCUCAUGGCCUUCACAGCUUUGUCAGAUAUCUGUGCAGUCAUUGCAGCUCAGUGGCUGUUUCAGUGGUACUACCGGUGGCAUGAGCAUCUGAAGGCCGGUCUGGCAAUUAUCAGUAUUUGCACCAUCAUGCAAGCAGGCAUCCUGCUGCAGGGCAAAGAACCUUCUUUACUCAAUGCGCCAAUAAUUUUGCUGCUGCAUGCCAUCAAGCUUACAAUAGACCAGGUGCGGCUCUCCACAGCAGUAUGGCUGUGGGCUCUUCAGCUGGGAGCGCUUCUUCUGAUGAGCGUUGGGCAGCAAUUUGAGGGUACAGGAGGGAGCGAAAUACAUCCACUUGUACAAGUAUUGCUUUUCUUCAGCAUAUUUGGUGUAAUCGCAUUGGGCAUUGCCCUGGAGGCCAGAACCCGGCUGCACUUUUGCAGGCUACAUGACAGGCCCCGCGGAGCACUUGGCAACUUUUGGGAAUGUGUCAAUGUGUGCUUGAUACUGUGCAAAGGCGCAACCAGGAAAGGCAUAUUGAAAAUGGGUAUAUUGCUGAGGUAUCCUCUCAACUUCACGAAACAAUUUUAAUAAGCAAAGAUCCUGCAGCCAGAAGUAGGCAGUAUGUACAGGGAUUGAGCUGCUUACCGUAUUUAGCAUGCGCUGUGAAAUGGAACUCCCUUAACAAUGCAGACACCUAGCAAAGUACAUUUUGCAGGACUGAUUGAGUCUUUGAACCCAACCAUAGAAUGGAACUUGUGAGUCCACCUAAUAAUUUUUGAUAGGCCCCACGGGUCCAAAAUUUGGCGCAUCUACAAUUUGGCACUUUUGAAUGCAAGAUUCAUGCGCACUUACAACAUACGCCAAAGAGCAUUGUAAUAAGAUACACAUGG